UUAGUUUUCACUUGAACAUCAACUGCCAACAACAAUUAAGUAAUCAACAAUUAGAGAAAAGAAAAUGUGAUCAACUAAUUGAACUUUUUUUUCUAUUAAUCAUUUAUACGAAUUAUGAUUUAGUUUUCCAAUUGAUUUUCCAUGUAAAGGAUUAAGGAAAAAGUUCAAUUUCUUCGGGAUAUUCGGAAAAUCGUUUCUUUCGUGUUUAUGUGACUUUGGUUCUAAUUUUUUAUUUUCAUGAUCGAAAUUCACUAAUUAUGAUUAAAUCAAUGGUGUCACAAUGGUCUCACCUUGUUGGUGCUCUUCUCUCUCUUCCUUGUCUUCUUUUAAUCAUCUUAAUCUAUUGUAUUGGAUUUUCAUUCAUUCGAAUGCCUGGAAAAUGUAAACAUUCACUGAUCAACAUUUUACUCUUAAUCACAAGUACAAUCACUUUAUUCACAGUUUCACUUACACUUCCUAGUUUAUCAUCUUCAUCCUCAUCACUAUCAGGUAACCAUCUUGGUUAUCAUUCUUGUCUUAUAUCAUCAACAUUGGUAAACUUUUCAACUUUAUCAUGUCUCCUAUGGAUGUUAUUAAGUGCUUUCUCAAUGUACCAAAGUUUAACUCAUUCAGCCCAUGAGAUUUCAUUGACCAUCAAUUCAACAUCAACCUCAUCCUCAUCCAAUAACAAUAAUUGUACAAAAUCAUCAACAACCGAUGACAAUGAAGAUGAAGAUGAAAUUGAGCCAAACCAUGAAGAUGAGGAUGAAGAAGAUGAAGAUGAUAAUUUAAAAAUUCCACCAGAUUUACCUCUUCAAUCUCGUUCACAAUAUCAUCACCAUCAUCUUCAUCCUCAUCAUCCUCAUCAUCAAUAUCAUCCAACAGCAACCUUAUCAUCAGGUAUCUUAUCAGGUAAAAAGUCAUCAUUACAAUUAUCAUCAUUGGUAACAAUUUUCAGCUAUUAUCUGUUUGCAUAUGGAUUAAGUACCUUGAUCUGUAUAUCAUGUUUACUUAUCAAUACCAAUAACAACAAUUACAAUCAACAACAAUCAACUCACACAAAUGGAUCAACAAUUUACUCUGCAACAACUUUACACUCACCUUGGAACCUUUUAUCAUCCCAACCUGUUCCCUCAUUAUCAUCAUGUUAUCAUGUAACCCUGAUGACACCCACAGGCUAUAUAAUUACCUAUGGUCCAAUUGUGUUACUUUUUUGCCUUAACCUGAUUGUUUACCUGAUUGUUGGUUGUAUCUUAACCUGCCUUGGAACCAAUAUUGUCUCACCUAAAGGAUCAACAAGCCUACAGCAACAACAACAGCGACAUCAUCAUGACCGAUUUCAUGCUUCCCAUGAUGAUAAUGAAUCAUCAAUUAAAUCUCAUGGAUUAAAUGAUCACACUGAUGGUAAUCAAUCAAUUAAAUUUGAUCUUGAAUGGACUUAUCGAAGACAAUUGUUUGCCCAAAUUGGUUUGUUCAUCCUCUUCACUAAUCUCAUUGUAUCAAUGAUAUUUCUUGUUUCAUGGAGACCAUUUUCAUUUGUAAAUCAUCAUCAUCUAUCAACCACCACCCACUCAUCAUCAUCAUCAUCAUCAUCAUUUCCAAUUGCAGAAGCAUCAAUUUCAUCCGAAACAAUCAAUGGAUCCAUUAUAUCAUUGACAACAUCACCAACCUCAAACUCAAAUUCAAACUUAACGGAAUCACUUUUAAUCCUAACCAACAAUUCAACCUCACAUUUGAUUCCAUUACCUUCAUCCUCAUCCUCAUCUUCAUCAUCUUCAUCUUUUUCUACCAAUGGCCACUCAUCUUAUCUUCCAUCAUCAUCGACCAACUUAAAUGCCUUUCAAAUGGAUCAACUUUUCUAUGGAUUAAUAUACAGUUUAUCCUCUUUUCUAAUUGCAUCUUACUUGAUGAUUCUUUACGUUUUUCGACGUUCCGAUGUUCGAACCUUAUUAACUUAUUGGUUUAAAGGUUCUAAUGGUAAUCGACGCUCUCAUAAUCAAUAUAAUCAGUAUACUAAUCAUCGAACCAAUAAUAAUAAUCUCAAUGGUAAUAAUGGGUUAGAGGUUAAUCGUGGUUCCAAUUGGUUUUGUUGUUGUUUCUCAGAUUCGACCAAGGAAUCAUCUUUAAUACCUAAACAUCAUCAUCAUCAUUUAGCUCAAGCAUUAUUACAAUCAGCUCAUGAGACAUCAACCCUAACCUCAUCUUCAUCUCUUGUUAAUGCUAAAUUGUUGUUAAACAAUAUUGAUGAUACAGCUACAAUUAACGGUAAAGAGCUGGCUCAUGGUUUAGUAUACGAGGAAAUUAAAUCAACUAAUAAUGAUUCACUGAUUAACCUUAACAAUUCAUCUAGAAUUGCAUCAAUCCAUUCAAUUAAUAAAAGUAAUAAUAGUAAAUUGAUUAACAAUAUUUCAUCUAAUUGUCAAUCAAAACAACAAUUGAUUAAUCAUCAUCAGAAUCAUAAUCAACCAAAACAACCAAGUUUAAUUGAAUCAACUUCAUCUACACCAUUAAUUACAAUUGAUUCAAAUAACAGUUCAUCAUCACAAGUUAAUUAUCAUCUUAAUUAUCAUGAAGCAAAUCAUGAGGUUUUCAUUAAUCCAAAAUUAAAUGCAAUUGCUAAGAAAUUUUUUGAAAAAAAUCGCCGUAAACAACAACAACAACAACAGCAACAAUUAACUAAUUACGAUAAAGAUAAAAAUAAUUUCGAUACUAAAGAUAUUCAAAGUAUAACAAGAUCAACAUCUUCAUUUAAAAGUGACCAUCAGCAAUCAGUUAAUCAUCAUCAGCAUCCAUUGACCGCAUCAAUUUUUUCAAAUCGACCUCGAUUAUCAUUUGAUAAUGGUUACCAUUCAAAUGGUCAUCCUAAAGGUCAUCAUCAUGUAAAAAGUUCAGUUUCAGGAUCUGCAUCAGUUGUUGGUGUUCCCAUGAGCAGAUCAUCAGGAUUUACAAGUGAAAUUGGUGAAUUAAUCUCGAGACUUCAUCCACCCACAAUCACUUCCUCUUCCUCUAAUAACAAGCAAAGUUUCCCACCUUCAGUUAUCACCCAACCCUUACCACCACCACCCUCAACUCUUAGCGGAUCAAUUCAAGGUCCAACAAAGGCCAAAAGUGACAUUACCUGUUGGAGUCCGUCCUCAUCGUUUCUGGCCAAAUGGCAAGGGCCACGAUCCAAUCCACCUCCAUUACCUCCCUUACCCACUCGUAAGGAGCUAAUGUCAACCGGUCGUCAACAGCCAACAGUCAUGGUGGGAACACCGAGAAGACCCCAAUUAACCGGAAAGGAUACAAUGAACAACCAACACCAAGAUCACAACAUUAAUGAUAAUCUAACUUCCGGAUUACGGGUUAAACUUUCAAACCGGAAGCUUCCACCCUCACCGUCCAAUCUUACCAAACCUUUAGUCAAGUCUUCGUCAUCGAUUCCUGGAGCCUUAGAUGAUCGAGAUGAUGAUCAAGCGGAAAUACUUUCAGUUUGCUGUGGAUCUGAGGUGAUGUCCACUGUUUCCGUUCCCUGGUCAUGUUACUCUAAGCGAACCGCUCCACCAUUUGUGUCUACCACGACAAACGCCAAUUCCGGACUCGGUGAUUCUCAUGUUCGCCCAUUCAAUUCAUCUUCAACUGGAUCUUCCUCUUGUCAUCGAUAUAAUUGUCAUUCCCAUUCCCAUUCUCAAUCACAUUCUCAUCAUCAUCAUAACCAUAGAUCUCAUAGUAAACGAUCAACCUCAAAGUCACACCAUAGGAAUAACCAUUGUAAUCGAUGUUGGGAUGUUUACUUUUGUGAUAUUUGCGAUCAUUGUACAUCUAAAUCUCCACCACCACCAACAUUACCAUCAAAUAGAAGACGAGAUGAAAUAGCCCGAGGGAAUGAAAAAGAAAUCGAACAAUCAUCAGGAACUAAGCAACAUUUAACGGGUCAAAGUUCGAAUUUAAAUUUAAAUUCUCAUUCUCAUCAUCACUCUAAUCUACCCAAAGAACAUCAUCGUUCUCAUCGUCAUCACCAUCAUCAUAAUUCACGAAUAAUUACCGAUAGUUUUUCGUCAUCAUUGAAUAAAAAAGAUUCCUCUCUACCAAUUGAUGUAGAUACACCAAACGAUAAUUCAAUUACCGUUAUCAAUUCAAUGGUCGGAUUAAAUUCAUCUUCCAAUGUUAAUUGUUAUCCACGUAAACCAGCGUCAACUGUGAGUUCAAAUGGAGUUGAAAGGAGACGAAGACGAAGAAGAAAAUCAAAUCAAUGUCCGAAACGAUCAUCUCAAGGGUCAACGGGUCAUCAUCAUCACCAUGGGUCAUGUAAACAUUUACCUCGAUCAACCAGUGUAACUGAAUAUCGUUCAUGUAAUUGUUAUAACGAUAAACAUCAACAUUAUUCAUCCUCUGAAUAGCUUUUUUUUUAUUACCAAUGUAACUUAUUAUUAUCAUAGGAAAACAAUCAAUUCUCACAAUUAAGCUUAAUCACAAAUGAUUUUACAAGCACAUCUUUAUAAAUACUUGUUUACACUUUGUUAAUUGUUUCGUGUUGAUUUUGCUAAUCAACAAACAAAACAAAACAAUCCCAUAGACACACACACACAUACACAUUGAUUGUAACUCUUUCAAAAGUUGCCUCUCAAUCAAAUCAACUUGUAAAUUGUUGACAGUCACACACACACAAAAUUAAUUAAUUGUAUCAUAUUUAUUAUAUAUUAAUACUUAUAUAUAUAUAUUGAUUACAAAAAGAUUAUACA